AUGUUAAGAUUUCUUAGCAGAAAAGGUAGAUCGUCUAGCCAGACACGAAAAAAGCAGACUCAAAAAACUGCCGUCAACAAGCAUCUAAUCCAGUGUAAGGUAAUGUUACUUGAUGAUACUGAUCUAACCAUAAAUCUUACCAAGAAAGCUAGUGCUGUUGAUUUAUAUGAACAAGUAUUUUAUUCUUUGGAUUUAAUUGAAAAAGAUUACUUUGGACUACAAUUCACUGAUACAAAUAAUGUACAACACUGGCUGGAUCCAACUAAAACUAUUAAAAAGCAGGUGAAAAUAGGACCUCCCUACACAUUAAGACUAAAAGUCAAAUUUUAUUCUUCUGAACCUAACAAUUUGAGAGAAGAACUAACUCGAUAUCAAUUUUUCCUUCAACUAAAGAAGGAUAUCCUAGAAAGCAAGUUAGAAUGUCCUCAUUCUACAGCCGUAGAGUUGGCUGCAUUGGCCUUGCAAUCUGAACUGGGAGAUUUCGAUGAAACCAUUCAUACUCCAGCAACCGUAUCUGAGUUUCGUUUUGUACCAAAUCAAUCUGAAGAAAUGGAAAUAGAAAUUUUAGAAGAGUACAAAAAAUGCAAAGGGCUUACACCAGCUCAAGCAGAAGUGAACUAUCUUAACAAAGCAAAGUGGCUGGAGAUGUACGGUGUGGAUAUGCAUAUCGUGUUGGGAAAAGACGGCUGUGAAUAUCAUUUGGGUUUGACACCCACUGGUAUACUUGUUUUCGAGGGUCCACAGAAAAUCGGGCUUUUCUUCUGGCCAAAAAUAACAAAAUUGAAUUUUAAGAAGAAGAAGCUAACACUGGUAGUCGUAGAGGAUGACGAUCAAGGUCGAGAGCAGGAGCACACAUUUGUGUUUCGACUUCACAACGAAAAGGCUUGCAAGCAUCUUUGGAAGUGCGCUGUCCAGUAUCACACAUUCUUUCGUUUGCGAGCGCCAGUCAAAGGACCUUCGGCGCGGCAGAAUUUCUUCAGAAUGGGAUCGCGCUUUCAGUAUUCAGGGAAAACUGAAUAUCAGACGACGCAACAGAAUCGCGCCAGAAGAACUGUACAGUUUGAGAGGCGACCUAGUCAACGUUUUGCCCGGAGGCAAUCUCACGUACUCCGCGAACGAGAAAAGCAAACCGUUACUAAACCUGAAGCUACGCCCCAGGCUGAACCGCCAGAGAUUGCCCCAAGCACAUCCACAGCCGAACCGACAACACCUACAACAACUGAAGCGACAGUUGUGGAGACGACCAUCGAAACUGCUCUCGAGCCGUUCACCAGAAAAGAUAGUACUAAGUCUCGGAAAUCUACUGAAGCAGACGAUGAAGGUGAAGAGAAAGAUGAAAAAAACCCAAACGAACCCGAGGUAGAACCUUGGUUGUACACGCUGGUCUUUAGGCACUGUAGAAGUUUAGAUUUGAAAACGUCUACAAAUUUACAAAAGACUGUUAAUCCGGUGUGGAUACGUCCGGCGAUCUCGUUCACAUUUGACUCCGUCGGAAAUGAUAAACAAUCGAAGGUAGAUAUACCGACAUAA